AUGGGCUGCUCUAUAAGAAAAGCGAAACCAAGAAAAAUAGAAGAUAUAGAUUAAAUAGAACAAAUGAUAUAAUCAGAUUGUUUAGGUAUGGACUAAAAAUUUGUUCUUAUCAAAAAUCCAAUCAUUAUUAGAAGAAAUUGUAGUAAAGAAAAGCAAAAAUUAUCAGAUUCAAAACCAAUAUGA